AUGUCACCCAUCGCAGUACUGGUCAUUGCCGUAUUGAGGGCAACUGGAAUGAUGUCAGACCCCCUCCUCCGCUCUCAACAUUUGAAUAUCGCGAAAUUCGAGCUCGCGAAUGGCUAUAAAACUAGCCAUGAACAUUCUGUCGCACAUGGAGUCUCAGUACACGCCCUUGACAGCGUGGUUGGCUUCGCUCCGCCGGAGAUCAUACCAGUUACCUACCCGACCCCAACUGUCGAUGUUGCUCCCGGGGAGCAACUCAUCCCAACCGAGACUGUAUACGAUCCAACGAUCGAAUCUGGGGAUGGGACCAUCUCCAACGCCAUCCGAGAUAUCCCAAAUUAUCUCAACUCACUGGCUUCGGACCUCAUCAUGGGCCUGGUUCACACACUGCUCGUCAUGACUUACUACACCACCUUCACACCUCUCCACGAAUCUAUUUUCGAGAAAGCGGCCUCCGAACACCCGUACGCGAUUUACUUCUGGCUAUCCCUAGCCAUGCUCACCCUCCUGGAGUCAUUUCUGACAUUCGGUUGGAAUUACAUUCAUCAAGAGUUCCAUGGUUCUCACGAAGCAGCCAUGAAGAGGCUGCGGAGAUGUGAAGCCAAGGCAUGGGGCCAGACUAUACUGAUCAAGGCCCUCGGUGAAGCCAAAGAUCGCUUCAAUCUGGAUUUGGAGGCUCUCACCGCAUCACUUGACGACGCAAAGACUCAGAUCUCGGGGAUUGAGAAGGGAAUACUUAGUGUCUCUCGUGUCUUCACUCAGCAAGAUGAGGACGUGAAGAAAAUGGUACGGAGCUUUGAGAGUGUGGUGCGCGACCAGCACUCUCUUCGAGAACACGUCGGGGAACUUUCCACAACUCUUUACAAGGAACAAGCCGACCAUGCCACAUGCGUAGAUCGCUUUGUUCACGCCUACGGCAGCAAUGUCAUAACUCUCUGCCACCGUUUGGACUGUCUCCAAGAAAAGGUCAAUGUUCUGGAACGCGAAAAACUCGACCGGGCUGCCGAGAUUGACACCCUUAAGAGUGCUGUGAGAAGGGCAGACGAAGAAAGGGCAGUGAUGAUUGAAUUUUACCGGAAACAAAAAUUCAACAACCUGCACACCAACGAGUUCUACCAAAAGGCCAUUUCCGAGACCCCUGAAGAUCAGCUAGCACCGGCGUUCAUGGCUUAUAUGACAGCCAUGCACUCACAAAUGAAUGCAACGCUCCAAGGGGUAUAUCGAUCGGCUGGUGGUCACCCACAUACACCCCAGCCAAAUAUGCCCCAGGGUAGACAACAGAACAACGGCUACGGCAGACCUCCCAAUGGACCUACUGGUUUUGGCUCCCCUGGACUUAGCUCUUCUCGCUAUGGUCCCCCCGGCGGCUUCCCUUUCAACCAGAGGAAGUAA